AUGGAGAAAUCUUUGUCUUCUCGCUGUUUGCUUAUUUUUUUCCUCCGAUUUUUGAACUUGGACAUGGAGGCCAAAAUUACACAAAGCCUUGAAUUUACAAGGGCUGCUGGGAGUAUUAUUAAAGGCUGCUGGAAAGGCCAGGGCCAAGCUGAGACAGUUUCACCGAUCUGCUUCUACAUGUCUGAGAGGCUAAUGCGUAUAACGUAUAAUCGGAACGGACGUACUUUGGCGAUAUAUCACACUAAUAAGGAGAAAGAUAUCCAAUACUUACAAUUUCUUGGCGCUGGAUUGUUGAGGUAGGCAGCGAAUAGAUGCUACACUGAGUUAUAAUACUAUUGCGUUGCUUUGCUGUUAACGCCCGAGAAAAUUUUCUCAUGAACAAACAAUUUCUCCAUCGCUUAGUUAAUAAAAGUUUACACGCAGCUUUCAUAUCAAUGUUAGUCUGGAAAUGAUAUGACAAUAAUGAAUUAGUACGAGUAGCUGGAGUAAAACCAUGUCUUUUUCCUUCUGUGUACUUGGUCCUUCGGUGUAAUGACCGCAUUUCAGAAGAAUUUUACGUUUUUACGUUUUGAUCUUUAUGAGUCAAAGUUUACAUCUGUCAAAGGAAUAAAGGGGUAAGUUUCUUAAGAAACUGUGCUGCUACGUCGGUGGGAGAAUAUAACAAGGUAAUUUGUUAUUAUCAACUGGGGUUGGUUGCCACCCUUGAAAUGUCAUGCCAAUCCUUAUGAAAUUUCAUAGUUUUACACCUCGAUUGAAAGAUAAACAUUUCUAUGUUUUGACUUACCUCAGACACAAGGCAGUGGAAAGGAGAGUACCGAUGUUCAUGUCGAGAUUUCUCGCACGGAAAAUCAUCAAACGCAAGUUCAAAGAACUGUCCUAUGAAAGCAAUUCCUCAGGAGAUCAUCAAGUGUUCGUCAAAGAAAUUUUGCGAUCAACCAAACAUGGUGCAUAUUUUAAGAGGAGAGGAAGAAGAUCUCUAACUGAAAACGAAGUUGUAACGCUGGAGAAAAUCUCAGCAACUUUAUCCAAAUACUUGUCGAGUUCUCACCUGUCAAAAGUUAUGGAAAGAUGCAACUUGUUCUUUUUGGGUCUCAUCCACUCCAGAGGACCACUGGAGAACACUCCAAAGGAUCAUUUUAUGGAACGAUUUACAAGGAAUCACAUGGAUUAUGAAGUCAAUGUUGUUAAUCGCGUUUGUCCAUCAGGAAAAUCUCACAAACCUCCAAGAGGGACUGGGUACGAUAGUAACAUUGGGGCCAAUAAAAACGUGAAAUCGCACGAUUGCGAAGACAUGCGCAAUGGAUCAGACCAAGAAUGUUUUGGAAUGUGCGGGAAGAAAUGCUGGUGUUGGCACUGGGUGUGCGGCGAUUGUUGUUUGCACAAGGGUUGUCUGCAACACGAUGCAUGUUGCCGUUAUGCAAAUCCCCAGUAUUUAUCGACAUAUUGCCUUCUUCCAUUUGUUUACGGGUUUAAUUGCGAAAAUGGUUAUCCUGGCUACCCAACUUGUCUGCAUAGGUGA